AUGAUCUGCCUAGCGCGAUUUGAAAAAAAUAAAUGUAAUUGCGAUUUGCCAUCAUUACUCUCAUUUCUUAUUGCAAUGACUCUACCGUCUAGUACAACGUCGUCUAUACCAGAUACACAAGAAGCUACAGGUGCUGCCACUGAGGGAUCUCCAAUAGAUAGUGACGUACGUUCCUUGGACAAAAACACAAAUAAUGAAGAACCUGAUACUCUUUCUUUACUGAGUACGGAAGAAUCUGACGAGGAAGAAACUCCAGACGAGUCGUUAUCUGUUACCAUUGUGCAAGAAAUAGACGAAGGAUCAUACAUAUGCUUGGUUUGCACCUGUGAAAUCGAUCGCCACUCUAAGAUAUGGUCAUGUGAAAACUGUUACAGAGUCUACGAUCUCGAAUGUAUUCGCGAUUGGGCUAUUCGAGGUUCAUCAACUACUGAGCGGAAAAAGUGGCGAUGUCCCGCAUGUAAUAUCGAACACUCAAAGCUCCCCUCGAAAUUCACCUGCUGGUGCGGGAGACUAACGAACCCAUCAUCGGACAGUUUCAUUCCAUUCAGUUGUGGAAACCCAUGUAAUGUCAAAUACCCCGAUUGCGUGCACCCGUGCUCCUCUCUUUGUCAUCCAGGAAAGCAUCCAGCCUGUGGAGCAUUAGGCCCUGUCAUGCCAUGUCAUUGUGGAAAACAUCCGCCCACAAUUACCAUGUCUUGCUAA